AUGAGCCCCAUCACCGGCUAUCGCAGCGCCGCCUCCUCCUCCUCCCUCACUAUCGUGGGGGAGCGGAGAUCCCCCGUGCAGGCACCGCGGUUGGGUGCCGACGAUUACCCCUCUCUGGACGAGGUUGCUAAGUUUUUACAUGAGGGUGGCCUUGAAAAUUUGAACCUCAUUCUCGGCUUUGAUUUUACAAGGAGCAAUACAUGGAAUGGUCAAAAUUCCUUCAAUGGGCGUAGUUUACAUGCCAUUGGCCCUACUCCAAACCCUUAUGCGCAAGUAAUCAAAAUUAUUGGAGAAGCUUCAUCGAACUUUUAUGAACACCCCGAUAUCUCAAUACAAUGCUUCGGAUUUGGAGAUGAGUCAACACGCGACAAAGAUGUCUUUUGUUUCAAUCUUAAUGAGAGGCCUUGUCAUGGAUACAGAGAAGCCUUAGAUCGUUACAAGGAACUAGUUCCUCAUUUGAAAUUUGCUGGACCAACAUCCUUCGCACCGCUUAUUGAGAUGGCCAUGACUGUCGUAGAGCGAAGUGGUGGGCGACACCAUGUGCUAUUGAUAAUUGCUGAUGGACAGGAGGCUGUACGAAUAGAUAAUGAAUCUGGCCAAGUGACAGUUCAGGACCGAAAGACUAUUGAUGCCAUUGCAAGUGCUAGCAACUUUCCAUUGUCCAUCAUUUUAGUGGGUGUUGGCGAUGACCCUUGGGACAUGAUGCAAGGAUUUGAUGAUGCCAUUCCAAUGCGGGCUUUCAACAAUUUCCAGUUUGUGAAUUUUUCAGAGAUUAUGUCCAGAGAAACUGCAAAAUCAAGGAAUGAAGCUGCAUUAGCAUUUGAAGUUUUUUCUAAGGUACCAUUGCAGUUUAAAGCGGCCAUGGAAUUAGGAAUAUCAGGUCGGAAUUUGCCAGUGUCUCCUGGUAGGGCUCCUCGGGCACCCCCUGACGAAGUAAUUCCUCGGACACCUGGUGCUUCCUCGGACAGGUCUGAAAGUUUUGGCAAGACAAGUGCUGACGAAGAAGAUUUAUUGUUGUCCUUAUCCCACGUCCUUGAAUCUGAUGGGGCUGAUCUUGCCACAACAACUAAUACUUUGUCUUAUCAGAAUUGCCCUAUCUGCCUCACAAAUCUCAUGGACAUGGCAUUUGGCUGUGGGCACAUGUUUUGUGGUGACUGUGGAACUGAACUCGAGCGAUGCCCUUUCUGCAGGAGUCCAGUCACCACAAAAAUAACUCUACAUCAACAGGAUGUGUGCCCUGUCUGCCUUGGGGACACCAAAGACAUGGCUUUGAACUGCGGGCACCAGACUUGCUGCGCUUGUGGACCCAACCUCGAGUCAUGUCGGAAAUGUGGUGAUCCGAUCACAGAGAGAAUCAAGCUUUACUGA